UGGACGCGUUACGUCGGUUGGGCAAACAUGGGCCCAUGUGAUGGGAGCAACAUUGUCGACUUGACACUCGACUCAGACGACGAAAUGGGUUUUGCGCCCUCUCAAGCUCAGAAUCCCAAACCUGCUGCGAAGAAAACACCAGUACCUUUACCUGCAAAUAUAGGACGGCAGUCGAGCACUAUUUCACCUGCGCCCGCCUUCAAGAAGACGACCGCAACCCCACCCACCACUUUCACCCAGAAGAAUACACAUUUCGUUGAGCACACGACUUCUCCACAGAAGAAUACGACAACAACUCUCCCACCUAAAGGCUCGCCCUUCCUCAAGAGAACACCGGUACCUCUGCCCAGCAAUGUUCGCUUCAAAACAUCCACCCAAGGUCAUGCACCACAAACCCUUCCGAUAAAUACUCCCACAAAUCCUAAGCGAAGCCCCAGUGGUACAACGCAGCCUACAAGCUCGAACAUGCCCUCCAUAACAACCAGCUCUGCUGGUACGGGACAUGAUGCCGCGCCAAAACGCUACCUACCAGUUUCUUUGGGCGCCCACAAGAACACAAAGCUCUUCAACACUGUAGAACAAGCAGCCAAGAGGAGGAAGUUGUCAGCACCUGUAGUGGGAACAAACACAGGACUGUCAAGUGCUGCUAAGACUCCUGCGACAGGGAAGACUGCACAUGAACAGCCGACGGACAUUGGCGCAGGGCCCAACAGAACAUCUAGGAAGAUGCAGGUUGAAGAAGGUCGAGAUACGGAUCCAAGCGCGUGUGCAAAGUCGACCAGCACAUACAAGCCACUAUCCGUUCAUCAGAUGAACGCUGCGCUGAAGACGAACGGAACCGCCAUACCUAUGAUGAACAACAUGGUUGAGGACAAAACGCGACCACCCAAGAAAGAACAAGUUCCUGAGGCCUAUAUCCUCAACGGGCUCCUCAGACCCUAUGCGACUGCACCUGGACCGACCUUGAGGUUCUCUCGCGUCGCAGAUUCUUCCAGUGAGACGGCUGACAACAUACGUGAACUCGCCCUUCACAGCCAAACCAAGUCGGUACCUGCACAAAAAGCGGAGGUCACGAUCCAGACUGCGGUUACAUCGCGUUCGGUGAGACCAGUAGAAAAGAAAUCUAUGCCUUUGAUGCAAGACGAAGACACAGACAGUGUUAUGUCGGACAUAUCCAAUCCGAUACCGGUACCAGCACAUGUCGCAACUCCGCCAUUACCUGUUCCAAAUUUGAGAGGUCCUACGCAAAUCGUAGAACGCAGCAAGCCAUUUUCGCAAGAAGAAGAUCAUCUGCUCAUAUUUUUGAAAGAAGUAGCGCAAUUUAAGUGGAACGAGAUCACACAACAGUUCAACACUAUUUAUCCUGAUCGCAAGUAUUCUGCCCUGCAGACAUGUUACUCUUCUAGACUGAACAGAAGAGAUCGUUCUAAAGAUCCCGCUGUACUAAAUCUGCCACCUCGAUUCUCCGAGAUGGCAGCUGAAUUCGCAGAUAAAGAUGUGGUUGUUUCUUUUGAGACCUCUGAGCGAGCUCAGCGAAAUGAACGAAAUCAGCCUUCGAACCACCCUACGACAAGGCCACCUUUUGCUCGCAUGACAACUGAAUAUUCCUCUGGGACAGAAUCCGCACCUCGUCGAGAACGUGCCCGUCGUGCCCCACCAGUCAACUAUACCUGGCCACGGCAAAGAGGAACUGGGCCACGAGAUGAGGUAGAUGCUGCCGACGGAGACGAACCUAUGGCCUCGGAUUUCUCAAUGCGGUCAGAAACACCACCCGAAGAACUUGAUCAACCUCCAGACAAGGCCAUUGCUGUCGAUAACGCGCCCAUUGAUAUGGAAUUCGAUGCGAACGAUGCUGCAGUUGCCUUGGCUGCACGAAAAGGACACCGCAGUGCUUCAGAUGAACCUCUGCCUUACCUAACAUCCAAACAACGUUUGACAAUGCAGGACACCCCAAACGAAUACGGAUGGGAUCAACUCUCAAGCCGUGAGUGGCAAGGUUUGAUUGUGCACGUUGAUUUCAGCCCGGCAGAAAUCGACGUGGUCAACCGUGUUAUUGCGAAGGUCACGAGCCUGACCGAUCGUAGCUCACGACACAACACUCGGCGAAGACACCUGCGCACAGUGUUGAAAAGCAUAACAGAACCGAAGCUGCUGAGAAUUACGAGUGAGGUUCGCCGAUAUCUCUCGUCCCGUGAUAGCACAAGCAUAGCUGCAUUCUUACAAGAUGCUAAGGCAGGCAAGAUCUCAGAUACACCGCAGAUCCAGAGGCUGGCGGCUGCUAAAACAGACAAGGAUAUGAGCUCCAUUCAGAAGUUGUCCACUUCUUCUAUAAUUCGUCAGAGAGAGCUAGGUCUACAAUCAAGAAGAGGAUGGAAAAGUGCAUCGAAACCUCUCACAUAUCAGACAAAGAACAAGUUCAUGGACACAUUGGGUUGCUCACACACAUGGACAGGAGCUUCCGGAGAUAUCCACACUGUAGCUUGGUCUCCGGGCGGUCAGUCCUUCGUAGCCGGUGCUGUAGCUGUGACUGACCCUGACUCGAUGCAAUACAAUCGUCGAAACAAUCUCUUGUAUGGCGAUGUCUCAAGCGGAGUCAUCCAUGAGCUGGGCGAACAUAACAUUGAACGUCCAAAAACAGAGACUGGUGCGAAUUCGACUCACGCCAUGUUUGUAUCACAAGAUCCUAAGCUUUAUACGACCGUCAGCUCAGUGAGAUUCUCACGCAGUGGCAAGCUCAUGUACUCGGCUGGCUAUGACAAUAGUGUCUGCGUGUGGCGUACUGAUACGGACUCCUCGCAACCGAGCUUUGCUAGUGCAUGGAAACACAAGGCUGAGGUUGACAUGAUGGCAGUCAAUCCGCAGUAUGAUGGCAUGUUGGCCACAGCAGCCAAGCGAUCAUCUGAGAACACUAUCAAACUGAUCAGCGCCAACGAAGAUAACCCCUCGGAGUUCACGAAGCACAACUACUACUCAGCCAAAGCUGCCUCCCGCUCAGAUCUGAAAAUACUACCCACAGCGCUCCAAUUUGAGCCGAGAUAUGGUCGGCUGCUGUUGGCUGGUUUUGGAGCAAACGUACGGCAAGAUCAUAAUUUGGACACUACUGGCGACAUCUGUCUUUGGGACGUUGAAACACAGGUCCCGAUGGCCGUACAUGGAUCAAGCAAAAACAUAUUCGACAUUACAUUCAAUCCAAACCACAGACAUAUGCCCUUGUUUGCCUACGGUUGCGUCGCCACGGGAGGAAACAUCAACAAGGGUACGCGAUCACUGGUUCGACUGUAUGAAGGAGCUUCUCCAAACAAGUACACUUGCCCACUUGAGAUGGAGUGUAAGGCACUGGAUAUGAACGACGUUGUAUGGUGUCCUUACGACGAACACCUCAUUGCAGCUGGAUGCACAGAUGGGAGAUCCUAUGUCUGGGAUAUGCGAAUGCCGAACGAUCCGUUACUUGUGCUAUUACACGGUCAGUCCCUGAUGCCGCUCCAGGACGACGUGCACCACGAACGUACAGACACUGGCGUGCGCUUCCUGUCGUGGGGUGAGAAUGCAACGAGACUGUACUCUGGCUCAUCGGAUGGUGUUGUGAAGGUUUGGGACGUAACUCGCUCAUCUAAGGAUACUUUUAUUAGAGAUCUCAUCACUACAGACUCAGGCAUCAUGGCAGGGUCGUUCAGUCCCGACAUGAGUAGGCUUAUUAUCGGUGAGGUAAAUGGGUCCAUCAACAUCCUGGAAGUGGGGCGAAACGAUUGCUCGAGCAAAGACGCAGACACACUUCGAUAUGUCCCAUACGCUAAUGACGACGAUGAUGAAGAUCCCAUCAUCUCCACUGAGUCUGGUAUUGCAGAUGCGAACCACCUUCUCCAAACUCGCCAACUACAACUAGCACCCAUGGGCAGCCUACCCAUCCGCCAAGUGUUACAAGGACCCAACUACGCCGGCCCCUUCGACCACAGCGUCGACGCCCCCUUCCUACGCCAACAAGCCCUCAACUUUCAACUCAACUUAUCUAAGCCAAGCCCACAAUGCACCAUCCCCAGCUGCAAACACAGCAUGAGCAAGCUAACCAGCGAGGAAAUCGGUGACUCAGGACGCAGUGCAGAUCGCAUACCGGAUGAGCUGCGUCGGCAGUGGAAAGCCCUCGACUCGCACCUCAUCGUCCCCGGAAAAUCAAAAUGCACACAUUGCGGCCGGUCUGCACGCCUUUCCUCCUCCGACCCAGACACGCCGAUUCUCUGCGAGCGCUGCUCGUUCGCGUGUUUCCGCUGCGGGGCUGUGAAUCCCGUUGCUCCCGUUACGACGACGCUGAUAUGUGAUUCGUGUGCUGGGGUUUGGGAGAUCGGCGCGUUGGGGUUUGAGUGUGUUCAGCAGCCUGACUAUGUGGGCGAACCGUUGGAUGUUCCCCGGCUGGAGGGGUUUGGGAAGGAGGGUUGUUUGCGGGGGAAGGAGGAUGGGCAGGCGACGUUUGGGGAUGAGGUGAAUGCGCUGACGGAUUACUAUUACUCGCUGGCUAUUGAUCGGCCGGAGAGUCCGCCAUUAUGAGAGGAAGGAGGGGAUUUGAUUGACUUGGUCAACAUAUGAAUAAAUACGUCAGGUGUGGUGUAGCUUUGCGACUACAUCUACAGAGCAUACCAGCAUCAACAUAUGCAUAAUAUUACAU